AGUGCUGAAUGAAAGAAACUGGCUUUUGGAUGCUCCAUAUAGACCUUUUUCACAAAAACCGGAAAUACGUCAUGGACGUGUAAACGUUUUUCCGCUUUGCGCUUACUCGCCAAAAUGUAUACCGGCAGAGUGUUUUCUCUUAGCCUUUUAAAUCUGCCAAAAGUCACCUUUGCAGAUGUGGUAAAAAUAGUGGAUGCAAAUUCCUCCACCAAGACCACAAAACUAGACAAAGGCUACAAAUUCUUUCAUGAAGAAUUUAUCCACGAUUACCAAGAUCUCACUCGGAACAGAAAGGGCAAACUUAACGGCCUUUAGAUGUAGUUGUGUGGCUGGAAAAGGGUUUUGCAACCAUGUAGUUGCACUCUUGUACCAGACUGCACAUUUUUCACAGCUCUGCCUGCCUGUUGUUCCACCUCCUCUGGCCUGCACUAGUGAGUUACAGAGAUGGCACCGACCAAGAACACAGGGGAUCCAUCCUGAAGCUGCCAGUGAGCUUGUUGUGCGAAAGCCAAAAACAGUGGGCAAGAGUGGUCUGAGGUCUACACUGUACAGAGCAUAUUCAGGACCACUUCCAGAUCCUGACAUUAUGGCAUCAGGAGCCAAACUCCGCCAGCUGCACCCCCAGUGUCUCAUGGCUCUUGUUUUAGAUGACUCAGAGGAGCUGGAGCUGACACCAUCGAAAUUUGGGCCUGUGCCACGUGGAUCACCAAUGUCCUAUCAUUGUCCACCUGAAAAAAACACUGGCUUCAUAUUGCACCACAUGGCUCCAGAAUUCCCAACUCUUCCUUUGAUGCAGCAUAGUUUGUCUAGCCUGCAAUUUGUGCCAACAAUACAUCAGCUAAUGCAUCUCCAAUCUUUGCAAGUGUCAGCGGAAAUGUCUUCUGAGUGUGAGAAGGGAACAAGAGAGCAGUCCAAAUGUCCUGCAUGGGCACAGCUUCGACGUUCAAGGCUGACGGCCAGUCGUUUUCGGGGUGCAUGUUGCUACAAGAAGGGAAGUGUGGAGCAGGAGUCCGCAGCCAGGGCAUUAGCUGCUCAAAUGAUCAGAGGCUCAGCGAGACAAACAACAGCAAUGAAGCGUGGUUUGCUGAUGGAGUCUGAGGUGCUGGCAUACUAUGCUGAACUUAUGCGUGUGAAUGUGCUGCCUGUAGGAUUCAUCAUUCAUCCCAACUCACCACAUCUUGGAGCCAGCCCAGACGGGAGGGUGUAUGAUCCCUCAGAAUCACCCCCAUUCGGUCUUGUUGAGGUAAAAUGCAGCACAAAGAAUGAUGUGUCUCAGGUUGCUCACCUCAAGAUGCAGGAUGGUAAUGCCACUUUGAGGCAUUCUCACACCUAUUACUGGCAGGUUCAGGGCCAAUUGGCAGUGUCUGGACUGGAAUGGUGCGACUUUGUCACUGACACACUGACAACAUUAACUGUAGAGAGAGUAUGGCGCGAUAAUCACUUUAUUACAGAAAUGAAGGAGAAACUAGAUUUGUUUUAUUACAACAGCUACAUGGAUGUGUACAUUGAAUCAAAUUAAAUAAUUUGU